AAGUUACCGAGUAACGCCAAAGGAGUUCCAAGAUGGCGAAAACGCAACAAAAAUAGUGUUAGUAUUGCUUUGUCGACGAGAACAUUGUUUGUUAUUUUCCACGACAGAUACUCUUCAGGUACAGCUGAGAUGGAGGAUGAAGAGACAGCGUUGGUAAGGCGGCGUAGUUACGUGAAACUACAAUACAGGCUUUAGAUAAAAGGGACCCGAGAGCUCACCUAAAUUUACCCAAAUUGACGAGCAAAUCUUGCAGUCACGUUGCAACUUAGCCUGUCUGCAGAAUUACACAGACAUAUGAUUUAAACUGCUUCAGCUAACGAUAAUGAUGUUUACCAAGUUAUCAAGUAUAAGCUAUACUUACGUUAAAUGCUAUUAAACACAGCGUACUGAGAGCGUUUGCUUACCAGUCUUUACCUCCUACAAACUCAGACUCUCUCCUGUUUUUCCCCACAGACUUUAAUAAGGUACUUUUGCUAUGAAAAGUAUUUUAAUCACGCUGUAAACGCUGCAGCAACUGGCCAGAGGAAAUUCGGCAAUGAUCCCGUUUACAGUUUUUUCCAUGCAUAUGGUACCCUUAUGCAAGGUAGGUUAAAAAACAACAAGGUAGGUGUACUUUUCCAUCUAUCAUACAUUAGUUUGACAAUGUUUAUUGUUUGCCUGCAGAUGAAAUUCAGGAAGCCUCACUAGAGUUGGACACAAUAAGAGACAGUCGAGAUGUGUCUCUCUGCACAUUAAUGGCCCUUGUUUUUGCUGAAAAAAAGAAGACUAACCCAGGUAAGCCUGUGUUUACAUACUUAACUUAAUCAUUAAUAUAUGUGCACAUGCUUUUAGAUUACUAGAAACACGUACAGAUAUCUUAAUUAUGAAUCUUUGGAUUUUCAGACAGAGAAGUCAUCCAGGAGCUUGAUGCUAAGGUUAAAGAAGAUCGUAAAAGUGCUUCUCCUAAGAGUCUGUAUCAUGCUGGGAUGUUUCUCUGGCUUUUGGGGCGAAAUGACAAGGCAAGAGAGUACACAGAGAGAAUGAUCAAACUCUCCAAGGGCUCAAGAGAGGUAAGAUUUGUCUUUCUGAUCUGCUUACAUAUUUGAGAAAUGUAUAAAAAUUAUUCCCAUAAUGGUAUGUGACAUCUUUGAGUGUUAAAUGAUACAAAGCUCUGUCUUGCCUCUCAUCUAUAUGCGCUUCUGUCACUAAUGGAGUGUAAUUCGUCGUUCAGGGGACAAUUCUAAAGGCUUGGAUAGAUGUGACAUCUGGUAAAGACGCAUAUGCCAGAAAGGCUGGAAAAUACUUUGAUGAGGCACUGAAAGAGAAAGCAGAUGUUUUUGCUCUCAUGGGGAAGGUGAGAUGUAACAUACAAAUAUUUAUUGAUAAGUCCCCAUUUACCAAAGCUUUAAGUAUCGCAAUACUGCGUUCUAAUUUUAUGAUUUCUAUAAUGUCUUUUUAACUUUUGGAAUAUUGUUUAAUCUGCUUCAGGCACAAUAUUACGAAUAUCGUCAGAACUACUCUGGAGCAUUAGAGAUGGUUAACCAGGUCAUUGUAGGUUUCCCUGGAUUCUUGCCUGCCCUCAACAAGAAGAUGAAGCUGUUGCUCAGCCUCCAGGACUGGGAGCAAACUAUAGAUGCAGCACACAGGUAACUGAUUACAUGAUAAGGCAGUUUUCCCAAGUAAUACACUGGUCAAAAAAUAUAUAUUUCAAAUCACUGCAAAGGAUAAAAGAAAAAAAAAACACAGUCAGCCUCUAAACUGCACAGUAUUCAACUGCAAAAAAAACACAAGAAAGUUGUCUGAGAACCUUCGCAUACUGAUUAAGCCAUCGUUUGUGCUCGCCCCCCUGGCUUUUGGCCAGUGUUAGACAGCAUAAAAGGCCUUUGAGCCAAAGUGCAGAAGUCCAACUCAUUCCUCAAGAUGUGCUGCCUUUGAGAUUGGUGAACAGCAGAAAGUAUCAUCGCUCAAGUUGCACUAAGUUUCAAACUGCCCUGACAAUAUGGAAGGGGUGCAAGCAGCAUUAAAUAUACUUUAGAUACUUUGGCAGUCAUCACAUUCUCUCAAUUUUUUUAUAUUAUUUGUCUGGGAAUUCAGCACAGCAUGCAGUAUCAGAUAUUCUAUUACUGUCAAUCUAAAAAGUCAAAGCUUAUUAAGCCAAGCAGAUAGGCUUCAUUCAGUGCCUUCAUUACCUUGUGUCAUAUUUCAGGCUUUUACAGAAGGACAAAAACAAUCUGGAGGCCCUGCAGAUGCUGGCUCUGCAUUCUUUAUGUCGGGACGGCAAUGUUGAUGAGGUAUAUCUCACAUUUUCACGCUUGGAGUAAAAAAAAUAGCUAGCGAUUAUUGGUAUUUAUGAUGACAAUGUGGUAAAGUGCUGAUCCAUUUACUGACACUGUUUUUAUGUCCCCCUUGACAGGCAGUAAAGCAGCUUUCAAACCUUAUCAGCAGCUUGGAAAUUGUUGAGCCACACAACCCAGAGCUGUUCUACAGGAUGUCCCUGGCCUUCACCCGUGUAGUAAGACAACUUGCAUUACUCCAUUUAGUCUUCUUUAGACCCCAGGUGUCUCCUGUUACCUCAGAGUUUCAGCAUGUUCUUGUUUUGUUUUAGUGUGGACGAAAUGAGAAAGUGAUUGAGCAGACGUAUAGAAUGGUGGAAAGAGCCUUCUCUGUGGCAUCAGGAGACUCAGAUUUAGCAACAGAGCUGGGCUACCAGUCGGUGCUGCACGGUAGAAUCAAGGACGCUAUGAAGUGGUACAAGAUGGCCAUGACUCUUGAUGAAACAAGUGUUUCUGCAAUGACUGGUAAACUGCUGCAACUCAUAAUCUGUUUUCCAUUUGCAUAUUUUUUUUGGUGUCUGAAGAAUUUUUUUUCGGUGACUCAGGUAUAAUCCGUUGCCAGCUGUUAGAGGGCCAUUUGGACGAUGCAGAAGAACGGCUGGAAUGUCUGACAGAGAUUCAACAAUCUAUUGGAAAAUCAGGGGUACCAGAAGUUCUCCUCCCUACCUCACAUUCUCUACCUUAUUUUUCUUAUACAUAUACUGUAUAUUUUUUGUCUAUGUGCUUGUCAUCGUAUGAGUUGGUUGGUUUAUUUUCAUUUCGGCUCUUUUAGGAGCUUCUGUACUUGCGGGCUGUUCUGGCAGUGAAAAAACGCCGGCCCCAGGAAGAGGUAACAAACCUGUUGAAUGAUGCUGUGGACACCCACCUCUCCACACUGCAGGGCCUGCCUCUGGGAGUCGAAUACUUUGAGAAGCUUAAUCCUGACUUCUUGUUGGAGAUUGUAAAAGAGUAUCUUGCACUGUGUCCUGCCAAGGUACUUGGGGCCAUCACUGGUCCUUAAACAUUUAAAGAGCCUUUAAGGGUCAGUUAUGUUUCCACUGAUAAUGUUAAUUUUACCACUCUGAUCUUAGCCUCCAGCACAGGGUCUCCCUCCUGCUCCUCAGCUCCAGCGCUGUGCUACUUUGUUGGACACUGUGGUCAAGAUUGUGCCAGGUCUCCCUCAGGGAGUCUUUCUAUUGGCCAAAGUCAGAUAUCAGUCUGGUAAGCUCCGCACUUCAAAAUUUGAUUGGUUUAUUUUCUACAACUGCUAUCUUGACUUGUUUUAUUCACUCAGGUGAAACUGAUGCUGCUCAGAGCGGCCUACAACACUGUCUGGAACAGUGUCCUUCUCACGCAGAUGCUCAUCUGCUGAUGGCACAGAUUCAUCUGCUGCAGGGGAACUUCUCAUUGUGCUCCCAGUCUCUUGAGCUCUGUCUCAGCCACAACUUUGAGGUACGAGUUCAUAAGAUAAUAUAGUUUAAUUUGACCCAUAUUUGCAGCCUUUAUCUCCUACAUUUAAUUGCUUGUUAGCUUAGCCAUUUUAUGAAUGGUUUGAGUUGGGAAAAGCAGCCUUGAAAUCUCUGUAAAAAAAUAAGCUCGAUUCUGAAAGAUUUCAACAAGGGACACUCCAAUCACAUAAAUCAGAGAGAGGAGAACACUCUCUUCCUGUCAUGAACAAACUCAGACUACUUUUUCAGGGAGUCUUGUACAACUGUUAACUGUUGUUGUUUUGUUUUGUUUUGUUUUUUAGUUUUUUAGUUUUUAGUUUUUUACAAUUUUGCUGUUUUCAGAGCUUUGUUACAGCUAAGUAAAAACAGAAAACACAGAGAGAAAUAUACACAGGCACGUGGUGUGUGUCUCAUGGUAGUAUACACAAAUGCAUGAAUACAAUUAUUGACAAGAAACCUGCAGAGUAUGUAAAAUCAUUGAUGAUCAAUCUGCUCCUACCAGCUUUAAUGCUAAGGGUUACAACUUCUUGUCAAUUCCAGAUCCGAGAUCAUCCUUUGUACCACUUGAUCAAGGCUCAGGCUCAGAAGAAAACUGGUGAGCUGAAGGAAGCUAUUCAGACACUGCAGAUGGCCAUGAGUCUCCCAGGCAUCCGUAGAGCUGGAUCCUCAUACAAGUCCAAGAACAAGAAGAUCGAGCUGAGUCCUGCUGACUGUGUCUCAGUCUUCUUAGAGUUAGCCGAGGCGCUUUGGCUCAAUGGAGAACAGGUAGAGGAGGAUUCUUUGUGAUUUGUGUGAGGGAGUGUUUUUGAAGGUUUUUCAUCCUUGUCUUGGGUUUAAUAUUUCAGCAUGAGGCAGCAAAGGUGAUGCAGGAUGCCAUCAAUGAAUUCUCAGGGACCCCUGAGGAGCUACGUGUUACUAUUGCCAAUGCAGACCUGGCCUUACUGCGUGGAGACACUGAGCUGGCACUAAGUAUGCUCAGAAACAUUACCCCAGAACAGCCCUACUACAUCCAAGCCAAGGAGAAAAUGGGAGACAUAUAUCUGAACCACAGGAAAGAGAAACGCCUGUAUGCAAGCUGUUACAGGUGAGCAGUAAAUCUGGAUCCAAAUGAACAAAAAGGUGAUCUAAGGCUAAGAUAAGAGCCAAUAAUAAGACUGCUCCAUCUGAAACAUCAUGUUUUGUAAAUGUUUGACUGAACUGAAAUGGCUUGAACUUAAUUAAAUACAUGACUGGAGGAUAUGUUGUAAUUUCAUCCAGACAGGUCUGUAGUCGGAUUUAAAGGACCACAAACCAAAAGUAAAUCCAAUAAAAAUUUAACUAAAGCCAUUCAAGCUGUAAAAAGGAAAUGUGCUCCGUUGCCUCCAGUCUUCUGUUUCUCUCUGAUGCUGCUUGUAUCAACAGCUGAGAUGCAGUAAAGCAUAGCUGAACCUCAGACCAGCAGAAAUAUACUGUGCAUGCAUAAUGUGGACCUCAAUAUGUGAUGUGAUAUCUCUGUUUUCUCCAGAGAAAUGGUGGAGAAGCUGCCAAGCCCUCAUACAUACCUGUUACUAGGAGAUGCCUACAUUAACAUUCAAGAAGUAAGUAGGAGCUGUGAUUCAUCUGCGUGGAUGAUAUGAAUUUGAUAUGAGCUCUCAUGUAUUGUGUGUAAUCUAAUUCCACUUUUAAACAUGAAUCUAAAUGGUUCAAAUCAAAGAUGUGAUGAAAACUGCCAACAGCAGUGAGAUUUAAAAGUUAUGACUUGAUAUAUGGGUGGACUUUGUGUAGCCCCAGUUGCACUAAACUGCUUUAUACUUCCUCAUUACAGCUCUUCACAUUCAUCUUUACAAGCUUUACUUUUCCUUUUAACUUCUCUUUGUGCUGGGACUGUCAUGAAGUCCACCACAAAGGUUAUUUAGUCUUUGUAUUCCUGUAUGAUAAAACAGUCUAAUUGUGAUAAUGAUAGUUUUAAAUUCACUUUACUGCUCAGUAUAAAAAGACUGAAAGAGAAAGCCUUACACACUGAGAAGUUACAGAAUGAAACAUGAUUUACUAUUAGCUAACCAUUGUUUGGACACAGACUGUACCCACCUCUUUAUAAUGAGAGAGUGUAAGUAGCUCUCAAUGAGCGCAGGGGAAGAUGUCAGCAGCCUCACUUGCGUAAGCACUUUACCUCGUCUCUUGGCAGAGUCAAAGACGCAUUUAUCUCAGUCAUUUAGCCCAGGGUCAGAUUUCUAUGUUUCCUGGAAACCUGGGAACUUGUCGAUUAGUUUUUCUUGGCACGUUGAAUAGAUAGAGUAAAGGUUAAAUAUUUUUGGAGGGUAAAUGCGUUGAGAAUGAAGAGGCAAGACAACCUGCUCCAGUGCUAAAAAAGCUGGUAGUCUAGAAUAAAUCACUGCAUUGUGCAACACUACCUUUGAACAGAAGUUUAAAAUUUAAUAUAAGACAUCUUUUUAGAUCACUUGGAUUUAUUGUAGAGGUUGAGAGGCAAUGAUAGAUAGUUAAAACACUGUAAAACAAAAAUCAGCAAAAAUUUGAAAAAAAUAUUAAACAUUUGAAUGUAUUUAUGACCCAAAAUUAGAGAUAUGAUUGUAUGUAAGAUGUUAAUCAGCUGUCUUUUUUUGUUGCCUACAAUCAUACAUAAACUAGACAACAUGGUAAUACUACGUUACAUUGCUCACCUAAAGUUACUAAGUAAAAUAAUGGUAACACUUUACAUGACACCUAUCUCUAUAACGUAUAAUAAAUAUAUGCAUAAUACGUUAUAAUGGCAUUAUAGCACUUUAUAACUAUAGUUAUAAACACUCAUAAACGAUCAUAAUGCUUUAAAUUAAUAAUCAAAACACAUUAUAAAGCAUUUUAUCAUGACUUACAAGGUAAGGUAUGUGUUUUGAUUAUUGUUAUAAAGCCUUAUGAUAAUUAAUGAGUGUUUAUAAUGAUAGUUAUACAAGUUUAUCAGCAUAUUAUAACACAUCAUAUGUAUAAUGCAUUAUCUAUGUGGGCAUUGUCUGUGAGUUUUUAACAGUUAUUUCACAGUAUAAUACCCAACCUUGUAAGUCAUGAUAAAAUGCUUUAUAACGUGUUAUGAUUAUUGCUAUAAAGCAUUAUGAUCAUUUAUGAGUGUUUAUAACUAUAGUUAUACAGUGCUAUAAUGUGAUUAUAAUGCAUUAUACAUAUAUUUAUAAUCCGUUAUAGAGAUAGGUGUCAAAUAAAGUGUUACCAAAAUAAUUUACUGAAGUAAAGGAAACACAAACAACAUCACCUUCUCUAUUAAAUACAGCUAGAAAAAGUCUCAUCACAUAUUUGUUGAAUAAUGGAUGAUGCUGUCAUGGAACAAAACGUGCCUCACUUGAAUGAGCAGAGUUGGUUUUAGAUGAAAGAGGUAGCCUGCAGGAUUUAAUGGGAGGUGAGCAGAGCCUCAGAAGAUCAGGCAUGUUUGCACAUAGCUGGGUUGUGAUGAUGAUGAUUUGAUGAGGCUGAAAAAGGUCACAGUGAAAAACCUCACCUGGAUCUUUUUACAACUUUCAUAACUUUCAUUAGUUUUACUUGAAAUGUGCAUCAGUCACCAAGAAAAUUUAAAAUACCAUCAAAUCUCCAACACAUUACGACAGCACUUCUGUUUGUUUUGUCCCUCAGCCUGAGAAAGCUAUUGAGGUUUAUGAGCACGCCCUGAAGAAAAACCCCAAAGACGGAGCUUUAGCCAGCAAGAUUGGAAAAGCCCUGGUCAAGACUCACAACUACGCAAAGGUUUGUGUCAUACUAUCAUUAUAAGCUAAACACAACCCACUCACAGAAACUGUUGACACAAGGCUGCUGUCACACAGGCAAUGAAUUACUAUGAAGCUGCCCUGAAGACCGAGCAGCAGAAUUUCCUGCGUUACGACCUGGCUGAGCUGCUGAUGAAAAUGAAGCAAUACGAGCGCUGUGAGAGAGUCCUGCAGGAAGCUUUGGCUCAUGAACCAGGUAUGAUGUCGCAGAGUUACGACUCCUGACGUCAAACACCAAAUACACCAAGACACUCGAGUCAUCCUAAAUGUUUGUGCCCAGACAUGAUAUUGAGGAUGUGCAAACAACCUGAUUCAGAGAUGGAAAGGAACUUAAAAUAAAUAUUGUGUAAAACAAAUCAAAACAUCUCCCCCCUAUUUAUAAAAACAUCUGAUUUCUUAUUUGUUUAUGGUUCCCUUGUGCUUUGAACUGCAUCUUUUCUCAACAGUAAAUGAACUGCAGGCGCUCUCUGAUGAUUGCCGUUAUCUGGUCCUGCUGGCAAAGGUCCAAAAUAAGGUGGACAAAAAUGAGGACGCUUUACUUUCUCUACAAAAAGUAAGUUACACUCUGACUGAUGGAGGCUAUAACAAAAAUAUGCAUAUAUGAAUACUGCAGUUACAUUAAAUUGAAUGGCAUUUAUUUGUCUAUACCAAGCUGGGUGAAUAUGUGUUUGUAUUUUUGUGCAUAUGUGGUAAGUGAUCAGAGAGUGAAGCUGUACUGGCCACAAAAUGGGUCAUCUGCCCAUAUUUGAAGCAGGAUUUACCCACACUGUAUAAGACAUGGACAGCCUCAGUGAAUUGUGAGCAGACUCGCUCUUUAUCAGACUAAAAUAACGCCGCUCAGGACCAUCCUAAGUACAUAUGAUCCAGGGUUCCUACACAGUUGGAAUUUCCAUACUUUUCCAUACCCUACUUUUUAGAAUUAUUUUUGCAAAUACCUACUUUUCUAUUUCAGAAAACAGAUUUUUUUUUUGACUGUAGUAGUCUGGAAACCUAUUAUUUUUCCAUACUUUAUUUUUCAUUUACCAUACUUUUAAAGACCUGGAAAUUGAUCAAAGUACUUCCAUACUUUUCCAUACUUUCCAUACUUGCGUAGGAACCCUGGUGAUCGUAGUCACAUUAGUAAUUACAAGAUCAAAAUAAGAUCAGUCACAGAAAUAUGUUCUUAUAAAUGAAACAAAUAAAUAUGUGAGUGGGAAAUGGUGCAUCUUAGUUACACUUGGAUGUCAUACCUGGUGGUAAAGCAAUAUGCACACCCUCACAUUGCUAAUUAUAGAGAUAGUUAUUAAAAGAAGGUUUAACCUGAAUGUCAUCAGGCUGUGUGCCGUCACAAAGUGCAUUAUACUUGUCAAAGAGGCACCUCUCUGUGUCCUGUAUCUGAUUUAUUGCAUACAGUCAGAGACACCCAGAUGAAUAAGUGAACCUCGCCUCAUUUUUCUGUCGUCACUAAGAAAAACAAUAUCAAACCAAAAAAGCACAGAUUGUCCAUUUCCUUGUUUGUAGCCCUACAUGACAUUGUGUUAAAUAGUUCACAUUUGAAGAGAUUACUGAUGUCAUUCCUGGGAGCAUAACGUGAUCAGUGACAAAAAAAGGAGGUGCAGCUGUGAUUCAUCAACAGAAACUAGUCCUCUACGGGGCUCUUGAGGUCACCGUGGCUGUUUGCACUCCUGGGCUUGCUUUUCUGGUUUCUAUAUUGAGGAGGUUUUUCCAACGUAUGCCAGUCUACAGGGGUAUUUCAGAAUACAGCAUGUUUGACGUUUUUUAUUUAGGAAAACAACUUUAAGGGAAAUGCUUUCCCUGUGUGUGGGGGAUAAAUGCCACUAGCCUGGUACAUCAAAUUAUCUACAAUAUUGAAGCCCUACAGUGUGGUGCAUGCUGUUUUUUCUUUUUUUUUUUCCGUCACAUGUUUUUGUAAUCAAAUAUUUAACAAUGUUUUUCCCCAGAAAAACAUACUUUUCUUUAGUUUUUUGUUUGUACAGAUUCGUCAGGGAUGGAGCUUUUUCUUUUCUGUUGCUGUUUUCAAUCAAGCUUGUGUUUUUGCUUUGUAUAGGCCCGGGAUGUGCAGGCCAAGGUGCUGAAGCGGGUUCAGUUGGAGCAGCCCGACGCCAUCCCCGUGCAGAAGCAGCUUGCUGCCGAGAUCUGCGCCGAGAUAGCUAAACACUACACAAGUCAGAGGGGCUAUGAGAGAGCAGUCAAAUUCUACAAAGAAGCUCUUGUGUAUUGUGAGACUGAUCGCAAGGUCAGUGCAGCUGACUCAAAAACGUCCUGUGUGCUCACUGCAGCUGUGGAUAACAAGCACUGGCAUCUUUUGGAGUCUUGUGCUUAUGUUUUGUCACAUUUUCUGAUCUAAGUUGUUGAUAAAUUGUUUCAGGGUCAGAUUUUUCCAACAUAUAUUAUUGUAUGAGCGUUUGGUAAAAAGAUUUCAAAUGAGUGUUUCUCUGUUCUAGGUGAUGCUGGAGUUGGCCCGCUUGUACCUCACUCUAGAUGAGGCUGAUGCAUGCCAGGAGCAAUGCAGCGUUAUUCUGAAGAGUGAUCAGUAUAAUGAAGAUGCCACUCUGGUUUGUUCUGGCCUCUUUACAUAACUGACUUCAUUCUGACCUUUUUGAUAUGAAUGUUUCUUACAUGUGUUUGUUUUCAGAUGAUGGCUGACAUUAUGUUCAGAAAGCAGGACUAUGACCAGGCAGUUUUCCACUUUCAACAACUUUUGGAGCGCAAACCAGGUAUACAAGAGCCACAUUUUUCUCUGCCUUUGAAAAACUGAAAAAAAUCUAAGAAAUUAAAUAUUUACAGUAUCGUACACCUGUUGCUUUUAGACAAUUACCCAACACUGUCCCGUCUAAUCGACCUGUUGAGAAGAGCCGGAAAAUUGGAAGAAGUUCCCCGAUUUAUCGAAAUGGCGGAAAAACAUUCUCCCAGGACUAAGUUUGACCCAGGGUUCAACUACUGCAAAGGACUUUAUCUUUGGUAAGUUUUGAACAACUUCCUUUGAAUGUAGAGCCUCCUGUUAAAAAAGCAGUGACCAAAUGUGUGAUUUCUUUAAAGGUUCACAGGACAGCCCAAUGAAGCUCUGCGGCAUUUCAACAAAGCACGAAAAGACAACGAUUGGGGUCAAAAUGCUGUGUAUAAUAUGAUUGAAAUCUACCUGAACCCCGAUAAUGAAACCAUAGGAGGAGAAGUGUUUGAAACUUUGGAUGGGGAAAUAGGGUAAGUGGCAUGAGGAGCAUACAAGAACUGAAUCUGUGCUUCAGUAGAAAACUAAGUACAUUCCUUCUUUUGGAAAUAUUGACUGUGAGGCAGAGCACCUCCUCCCACUGUGGAACAAUGAAACAAGGAUUUAGUCUCAGUGGUGUCACCCAUUGGUUUCUGUAGAGGCAUAUUAUAAAUGCUGAGUCAUGAGUGAUCAGCCCACUCACUAUGUGACUUCAUGUAGAGCUCUCAUCUGUAAUACUGUCAAACCGGGUGAUUUAUUUAAAAAUCUACACACUUAAGAAGUAUGUACCUGUUUAGAAAUAAGCUGUUCGAGCCAAAACCAGCUUUUAUCCCAGGCUGUAAAUGUGGUAACAGGGUCCCUUGGCUUUUAAGGACCUGCAGUUUUUUUUUCCUUAUUUUUCAAGACUGAAAGAUUAGACUGGCUAAAACUUGCCUUUAAUUACCUGGUGGAACAACACCCAAGACAGUGCGGCCUGCAGCAUGACAGCUUCUUGAUUCAGUUUGAAGUGCACACUCAGACUCUAUUUGUCACCUUACUUUUUGUGGUUACUGAUAAGUUAGCUAAACAGGUGAACUUAGGACCACAGAUAUGUCAACCCAGCUGUCAAGCAGCUAACAACAACACCAGGAAAAUUAGUGAUUGAAAAUAAAUCAAUGUGAAUUAAACUGGCGCUCCAUGUUGUUUUGGUGUCCCUUCCAGGCAGCAUCCAUGUCAUUUUUUUUUUCUGAACGCUUAUGCUUAUCUGUCUGUUUCUUUAGCAACUCCACUGAGAAGCAGGAGUCGGAGCAGCUUGCUGUGAGAACAGCCGAGAAGCUGCUGAAAGAGUUAAAGCCUCAGACACCAAGUGGACAUAUACAGCUCCGCAUCCUGGAGAACUACUGCUAUCUGGCUACUAAGCAGAAGGUCAAUGUAGAGAAAGCCCUCGGGGUGUUCACAGAGAUAGCAAACAAUGAGGUAAGUAAACUCCAGAUGGUACGCAUUUAAGCUGCCUCACUCUGUCUUGUGUAUAUAUAACCCAUCCAGGAGCUGUGCAUUAUAUCAGCCUCACUGUAUAUGUCAGUCAGUCCCUUUGCUAAUAAACUGCAUGAUAGACUGUAUCUGUCUGAACUGAUACCUGCCCUGUUAAAAUUCUGUUUUGUAGGUAUCAUUUUAAAAAUCACUCUUUACUUUUAAACUUUUAGUGUGUUUUAGUGCAAAAAGUAAAGUGGGGUAGUAGGGUCUGUGUGUCAUAUCCAUCCUGUCUGACCAGGACUCUCUGGUUGACUACAGAAAGACCAUGUUCCAGCGCUCUUGGCCAUGGCGACAGCUUAUAUGAUGCUGAAACAAACCCCCCGAGCCAGGAACCAGCUCAAACGCAUAGCUAAGAUGAACUGGAGCAUUGUCGACGCAGAUGAGUUCGAGAAGAGCUGGCUGCUCUUGGCAGACAUCUACAUUCAUUCGGGGAAGUAUGACAUGGCCGGGGACCUCUUAAAGAGAUGUCUUAACCAUAACAAGGUCAGCCUGGAAGCUCCGUCACUGCUUGAAUAGUUUGUCGUUUAAACAGAGCAAUUCAAAGUCGAACAAAACCACUUUUCCUCUGUUUUAAUACUUGAUAGUGUAGGCGUCUUCUGUUCUGUUGAUGUCUUUGUGUUGUAAAUUUUCCCUUUUUGCAGUCAUGCUGUAAAGCUUAUGAAUAUCAGGGCUACAUAGUGGAAAAAGAGCAGGCUUUCCGUGAUGCAGCAUUCAACUAUGAAAUGGCUUGGAAAUAUGGAAACCGGACCAACCCAUCCAUUGGUAUGAUCGCGUCCACAUCUUCCUUUGAAACAGAAUUUUUUUUUUUUUUCAUUUUGACCACACUGCUAACAGCUGCAUCUUUUUUUCAGGAUACAAGCUUGCAUUCAACUACUUAAAAGCAAAGCGGCAUGUAGACGCUAUAGAUGUGUGUCACAAGGUGAGACACCUGUAGAUGUUGACAAUUUGAGAAGUCAGUGCUGUUGUUAUUCACUGAACUCAUAUUUGAUUUUCUUUCAUCCACAGGUUCUGGCUGCUCACCCAAAUUAUCCAAGAAUGAGAAAGGACAUACUGGACAAAGCCCGGGCUGCUCUGAGAUCUUAGUGCUGAAACUGAGAAGAGAAAGAGAGGGGGAAGGAGGCGAUGCAUUUCCAUUUUAAUGUAUUUAAGUAUAGUAGUAUCUGGGUGAUGGCAACCCUGAUAGAAAAGUGUGUGUGGGAAAUUCAUGUACACACCCUAAAGAUUACAGAUUUUGGGGCAUAGAAGGGAGGAGACACUUAAGAUAAUCAUGUGUGUGAAAAGUAUUUUUGUAAUUCAACAAAAUACACCCUGAAAUGAUCUGUCACUGUUCUUUUAUAUGUUUUUGUAUAGUUUUAUGUUAUGAUGAACAAAUAUAGGAUCUGGAUGUGUUAUAAAUAUCAGCCACCAAAAGCCGAUUUUAAAAAAAUAAAAAUAUUUAAGCUCA